GUUAAAAACUCUUGCUGCCUCGCACAUCACCAAGUAUGGUGAGCGAUGGACUCACCCGCCACAAUGGACGGCCCGGUCGCUCCAAUAUUGGGCAAGCAGGUAAGGCAAUUUCGACUCCGGCCCUUGCUGCAAGCAUCGUGAGCAGCGACGACCUGGAGCGCAUUCGGCACAACUCGACCAUCCUCACGGACAACGACCUUGCUCGCCUUGCCAAGGAAAGCGAACAGUCCAAGCUCGCGUCGAGGGCACAAGCCCAAGACCGCAAGAACCGCAUGGUCGAAAAGGAACUCCAAGUUCGCGCGCGUCGCGAACAAUACGCGACCCAGAUGGAGUUGGACGCCGAGCGCAACUCGGUGCUGUCGAAAGCCGACGUGCAGCGCGUCGAGCACCUGGACGACGUCAAGCACAUCCAAAGCCUCGUGGCGAAGGCCAUGGCGGUGACGGGCUGCGACGUCCAGCGGCAGGAACAAGACGAGACGAGGCAGAUCGAAGCCUCGUACAAUCAGCGCAUUGAGCGGGGCAUGGAAAACGAUCGCAUCGCAGAGCUCCGGGAGCGGGAUCGAGUGGCCACAGACGCGCGAGAAAAGCGUGUGGAAGCCCGCAAAAUGUUGGAAGGGCAAAUCAACGAACGGUUAAAGCAACAGAUUCGUGAAGAAGAAGCUAAGGCAAUCGAAGCCAAGAAGAUUCUCCUCGUGUACAAGCAGUACGAAAAGGAAGAAGAGGCCAAGGUCACUGCCCAUCGGGCGCAAGUCCAAGCGACCAUCGCUCAAAUUGCAGCUACGAACGAAGACAUCAAGGAGAUGAAAGCCGAAGCCGCACGACGAGAGGCCCAUGAAGAGCAAGUGGCGGCGCGAUACCUUCGCGAAAAGGCCAGAGAAGAAGAACGACAACUACUGGAGCAUGAAGCAAUCAAAAAGUCCAAGGAGCUGCGGGUGGCCAAGUUGCGGGCACAGCAAGAGAAAGCCCAAGACAAACGCAUGGCGCAGGACGAGUUCAAGGCGAAAAAAGCGUUUGAGGCGAAUGAGAAAGCGAUGCGGCAGAAGGAGGCGGACGACCGCGCCAAGAAGCGCGAGACCGCGGAGACCAUCGACCGCGAACGAAAGCAGCAGGAAUCGUUCAAAGCUGCGGAACGAAGCGCGAACGCCGCGCAGGAGCGGCUGGCCGACCACGUGGCCCAAUGUAUCGACCAAGAGACCCACGCCAAGCGCAUGGCGGUGCGCGCCAAGGAAGUGGACGCGCACGCGUCGUACAUUGACAAGCUGAACCAGCAAUUCCAGGACAACGCUACGAGACGGAAGAACAAGGCGGCGCUCGAAACCAACGAAAACGCGGCGCAGGUGAAGAAAGCGGCCAAGGAAGCGAUCAUUGUCGACAAGAUCCGGCGAGAUGCCAUCCAGAAGCUGCAAAAGCAGGGCGUGCCCCCCGAGUACUUGCGGCCGCUGCAAAAACUCCACGGGCGCAGCAGCACCACGUCGUAGACUACUGCCUCGCCGAAAAAAAACGCAAAAUAACAUCAUCCACCCAUGUAUUUUCAUCACGUCCUUGUGAAAAUACAAAAAGUGCAGCCAAGCCCACCUUAACCCUCUCGAAUGGAGUACUAUUAUACGUCG